AUGGCAUUAGAGGCAUCAAUUGCACUGUGUCGGGGGGAAACUAUAAGUCUCAUCGAGAUUCAAAACUUGGAUAUCACUAAAGCUUUGACGUUCAAGAAUGAAGACUCGAGCAUUGAGACCAUAUUUUCUUUCACAAACAUUCUACGAAAUGGCGACAAUACCAUCGAUGCACACUUCAAAUAUAAUGCAGCGGCUGAAACCCACGGAACAUCUCUAGAUCUACUUGCUAGUGGUCGUACACGAGUAUUUCUGGGCGAAUGUGAUAAAACUGCAUUGCCUGCUAGGAGUUCCCGUCCACCAAACUUUCUGAGUGUUGAUACCAAACAGUUUUACACCUCUCUACAUAAGAUGGACUAUAAUUAUACGGGGCCUUUUGCUGCCUUGGAUUUCCUGGAGAGAAAGCUUGGUGCUGCAACCGGCUUCGUUUCCAAUCUUGAGCCAUCGCAAAUGCUUGUUCACCCUGCAUUCUUAGAUGCCGCUUUCCAGUCGAUUCUUCUCGCUCAUUCAUAUCCCGGUGAUGGCAGUCUUUGGUCUAUGCACGUCCCGAGAGCGAUAAAAUGUAUCAGGUUUAAUCCCGAAUUGUGCAAAAGCGAGAUGAUCAAAGAGAUUGCCUUUCCAUUUGACACUAUUCAACCUUUAAACUCGACAAAGAUCGCAGGCGAUAUCUACAUCUAUCCAAAUGACUUAAACCAUGCCAUUAUCCAGGUUGAAGGCCUUGAAUGUGUGCCGUUUUCCCAAUCGACGUCAAAAGACGACAAGGAGCUGUUUUCAACAACAGUAUGGGAUGUAGCUUCCCCGGAUAUUGAACUAAUCGCAAUUGACGGCUUUGCAACACCGGAGCAACACGAGUUGGUGGCUCUUCUGGAAAGACUUUCAGGCUUUUAUCUCCGAGAUCUUGAUAGAAAAGUCCCCAGUGACCAUCCUUCGAGAUCCCAAGGGCCUCAUGUACUCUUAUACCAAUUUGCCUCGCACAUUCUUUCGCGUGCUCGAGCUGGACAACUACCGCUGUGGAAGUCCGAAUGGGAGUAUGAUACAGAAGAGGAAAUAAUAGCAAUAUGUGAGCAGCAUGCAGCUGUAGUUGAUGUUGAACUUCUUCGUGGAAUUGGGGAGAAUCUAAUCGCUAUUGCUCAAGGGGAGAAACGGGCGAUAGAGAUCGGCAUGGCAGAUAAUCUGCUGACAAAGUUUUACAAGAAUGCGAUUGGUAUGCCUGUCUAUACAAGGUAUCUCUCCCGAACUGUCAAACAGAUCGUUCAUAGAUAUCCUCAUAUGCAUGUACUUGAGAUUGGUGCAGGCACAGGUAGUGCAACUAGGGGCAUCUUUGCCGAAGCAGGCCCAACAGCGUUUGCGUCUUAUACUUUUACCGACAUUACUUCUGGCUUUUUCAGCGCCGCCCAAGCAGAUUUCAAAAAUGACCGGAUGCUCUUUAAGGUACUAGACAUUAGUCGCGAUCCUCGCCAGCAAGGUUUUGCCGAACCUCAUUCAUAUGAUAUGCUGGUCGCAUAA